CAUUGUGGGAAGCUGAAGAAGAAGAAGAAGAAGAAGAAGUCGAUCAUCUUCUUCUUCAACCGCCCCCAUCCAAUAUUCAAAUAGCAAGUCAACCUAUACAUACAAAUACAGAGCAGCGAGAGAGAGAGAGAGAGGGGAAAUGGGGUUGGGAAAUUUGUUCUUCACGGCGGUGGUGACCUUCUCAGCAGCAUUGGUGACCUACAACAUUCUAAUGUCAGCCAAUACAUCUCUGAAGCUAGAACUUCCGGGCUCUCCUGACACUUCUUCUUCUUCCUCUACCGCGAGAAUUUUCCCAAAUUCUGACCACUCAAUCAUCAAACUGCCAUUGGAGAAGAAGCCUUCAGGCAAGAAGCUGUUCCACACGGCCGUCACCGCCUCCGACUCGGUCUACAACGCCUGGCAGUGCAGAAUCAUGUAUUACUGGUUCAACAAGUUGAAGGACGGCCCCAAUUCUGGAAUGGGUGGCUUCACUAGGAUCUUGCACUCCGGCACCCCCGAUAGGUUCAUGGACGAGAUCCCUACUUUCGUUGCCCAGCCUCUCCCCUCAGGAAUGGAUCAGGGCUAUAUUGUCCUUAACAGACCUUGGGCUUUUGUUCAAUGGCUUCGAGAAGCAGACAUUGAAGAGGACUACAUAUUAAUGGCGGAGCCAGAUCAUAUUAUUGUGAAGCCUAUUCCAAACUUAUCGAAAGAUGGCCAUGGAGCUGCAUUCCCAUUCUUUUACAUUGAGCCCGAGAAGCAUGAGUCUGUUCUAAGAAAGUUCUUCCCGGAAGAAAAGGGACCAAUAACAAACAUUGAUCCAAUUGGGAAUUCUCCUGUCAUUCUUGGGAAGGAAUCUUUGAAAAAGAUAGCUCCAACAUGGAUGAAUGUUUCAUUGGCAAUGAAAAAGGACCCUGAAACAGAUAAAGCUUUUGGCUGGGUACUUGAGAUGUAUGCUUAUGCUGUUUCAUCUGCACUGCAUAACGUGAGCAACAUCUUACACAAAGAACUUAUGAUUCAGCCUCCUUGGGACACAGAAGUUGGCAACGCAUACAUAAUCCAUUACACUUAUGGAUGUGAUUACGACAAGAAGGGUACGUUGACCUAUGGAAAAAUUGGAGCAUGGAGAUUUGACAAGAGAUCAUAUAUUAACGUCUGGCCUCCAAGAAACCUUCCACUGCCACCACCUGGUAUUCCGAAAAGUGUGGUUACGCUGGUGAAGAUGGUUAAUGAAGCCACUGCUAACAUUCCUAACUGGGGUUCAUAGGAUCAUACAUAUAUUACUCUUCACAAUCAUGUCUUCAGAAGAUGAAGGUAUAGGCACUGUAAAUUUUUACUGAAUGGUUGCACACACACACACACACUCAUUGAAUCUCUCUCUCUCAGUAGAAAUUUCUGCUCAAUUAAUCAUCCUUUCUCUACUUCUUCAUGUAAUAAUGGUGUAUUUCUUUAGAUCCAGAAGGUAAUAAAAACUGCAGUAUUCUUUACUUCA